CUUCCCGCCAUCCCCCGCGGCGGGGACAAGAUGGCGGCCGCCAUGGCGGCGGGGUUGGGCCGUACGGCUCCGCUGCUCUGCUGGAAGGCUGCAGAGUCCCUGCUCCGUCCCGGCGCGUCGUGUGUGGUUGUGCCGGUGAGGAGCAGGAGGAAAUGCCCGCGGGUGCCCGAGUGGGCCCGGGAGCUGAGCCCUGAGGAGAGGGAGAGGCGCCUCAAGCAGUCGGAGCCGAUCUUCCCGGAGGAGCGCAUAGAGCGCACCUUCUUCUUGGCGUGCACGGCUGAAAUCAUGGAUCCCUACGUGCCCCCCGAGGGCGAUGCCCGCCUCACCUCGCUGUCCAAGGACGGCGUCAAGCAGCAGAUGCAGAAGCUGAGGCAGACAGCAGCCUCCCAACUGGCCCUGCGGAAGAUCAAGGAUCACGAGCCGGAUUUCAGCACCAAAACCUUCCCUGAGAAAGCCCAGGAGAUAUUUAUUGAGGCUCACAACUCCCUGGCAAACUUUAACAAGCAGAAACUUCACUCCCUGGUGACCGAGCGCUGCUACCCCGACAUGGUGCGUGGGAACAGGUACAAAACCAUCCGCUGGAGGUUUGUGGAGUCGCUGGAGCCGCCCAGGGUGGUGCACGUGCGCUGUGACAGCGUCAUGAACCGGGGCAACCUCUACGGGCAGGUGACAGUGAGGAUGCACAGCCGCCAGAUUUUGGCCAUCUAUGACCGCUUUGGGCGGCUGAUGUACGGCGGGGAGGACAUUCCCAAGGAUGUUCUGGAAUAUGUUGUGUUUGAGAAAUACCUGGUGAAUCCUUAUGGAACCUGGAGGAUGCACGGCAAGAUCGUCCCAGAGUGGGCCCCGCCCAAGGAUCCCAUCAUUAAGACGGUGAUGAUUCCUGCCCCAGCCCCGGAUCCCCCACAGGAGCACGAAGAAGUGAAGUAGAAAGUUCUGGAAGGCGGACAGGGCCAGCAAACAGGCCGGGAGGGAACGUGUUGGAUGUGGCUGUGCCUUUUCUGGGAGCAAAUUUCGGGAAUGGGCUCCAACCACUCCGGAUUUGUCCUUCAAGGAGCCCAGAGGGGCUUGGGAGGAGGGUCUGGAUGAGCCCUGGGAAGAGUUUGGCUCUGCCCCAGCAGACUCUGUGUGCUUCAGCCUCACCCUCGCUGGGUUUCCAUGAGGAUGAGGAGCACCCACGGGCCACCCUCUGUCCUGGAAUUCCAUGGGAGAGCCCUUGGAGUGGUUGUCACCUCCCUGGGAGGUGACACAGGCCACUCAUUAAAGCUUCCACCAGUGGCUGUUGGCACGGUUUGUUCCCAUCUCUCUUUCUCCGCUGAUUCCCAAACUUUAAUUUAUUUUUUUUUAAUUUAAAGGGAGAUUUUAACUCAAGUUCUGUGGUGAGGGGGGCGCUGCCCUUGCAGUUCCCCAGAGGAGCUGCAGCAGAGCUGAUAUUGGAUUUAAUCUCACUCCUGAUUCCCUCACGAGGGGCUGGGGUUGGUGACAGAGCUGCUGCUGUCACUGAGGGACUGGCACCAUCCUGUGGACACGGUGACAUUUACAGCUCCACUUUUCCAGGAUGCCUGAGCUGGGAAAACACUUUUUUUUUUAAAUUUUUAAAUUUUUCAAUGUUUGGGAAUAAACCUGUGAGGCUGCUUC